AUGAAACCCUCAAAGGCAUCCCAGAACUACCGAAGCAUCCGGAGAAAUACCAUCCAGCACUACUUCUACCCGGAGUCCCUGCUGCUCAGCAACUUGGAUGACAGCUUUAAUGCUGAUGAGACAGGGGACAGCAAUGAUCCGGAACAAAUCUUCCAGAAUAUACAGUUCCAGAAAGAUCUCAUGGCAAACAUUCGCUGCAGACCCUGGACCAUGGGACAGAAGCUGGGAGCACUGAGGCGAGCGAAGGAGAUUGUGCUGAAGUUUGAAGGGAGGCUGACCAGGACCCGCGGCUACCAAGCAGCAGGUGCAGAGCUCUGGCGGAAGUUUGUGCGUCUGGCCUGUAACUUCAUGGUCAUCUUCAUUCCCUGGGAAAUGAGGAUAAAGAAAAUUGAGAGUCAUUUUGGAUCUGGUGUUGCCUCCUACUUCAUAUUCCUGAGAUGGCUGUUUGGAAUUAACAUUGUGCUCACAAUAAUGACGGGGGCUUUUAUUGUCAUUCCAGAGCUCAUUGCAGGCCAGCCCUUUGGAAGCACGGCCAGCAAGACCAUCCCCAAGGAGCACGUGGUGUCUGCUCAAGACCUGGACACCGUCUGGUCCCUGGGGGGUUAUCUGCAGUACUCAGUGCUCUUCUAUGGCUAUUACGGCAGGGAGCGAAGGAUCGGGAGAGCUGGCUACCAGCUGCCCUUGGCGUAUUUCCUGGUGGGGAUGGCCGUGUUUGCUUACAGCUUCAUCAUCCUCUUGAAAAAGAUGGCUAAGAACUCCCACAACAGCCUGGCCAGUGUCCCCAACGAGAACUACACCUUCUGCUGGCGGGUCUUCUGUGCCUGGGAUUACCUCAUCGGCAACCCAGAGGCCGCCGAGAGCAAAACUGCUGCCAUCGUGAACAGCAUCAGGGAGGCUAUCCUGGAAGAACAGGAAAAGAAGAAAAGCAAAAACCUGGUGGUGACCAUCUGCCUGAGGGUUGUUGCCAACAUCCUGGUGCUUCUCUCGCUCGCGGGGAGCAUCUACCUCAUCUACUUCGUGGUGGACCGGUCCCAGAAGCUGGAGCAGUCGAAGAAGGAGCUGACGCUCUGGGAAAAGAACGAGGUGAGCGUCGUGGUCUCCCUGGUCACCAUGCUGGCGCCAUCAGCCUUCGAUCUCAUCGCCGCCCUGGAGAUGUACCACCCACGAACCACACUGCGCUUCCAGCUAGCAAGGGUCCUUGUGCUGUACCUGGGGAACCUUUACAGCCUGAUCAUCGCGCUCCUGGACAAAGUCAACAGCAUGAGCACCGAGGAAGCUGCUACCAAAAAUAACACAAGCCACUGGAUAGAUUCUACCAUCUUUGCCACCAGGACGGCCCCUGAAGAAGAGAAAUGGUCCAUACCUGGGCCGGGGACAGGGCUCCCGAGAAACAGCACGUGGGCCCCAGAAGAGACCAGCAUUCCAGCUUACACCUUGCCCCUCUCGGAGGCCAACAAGACCACCGUCUACACCCAGCGUCCACAAGACCAGUGCUGGGAGACAUAUGUCGGGCAGGAGAUGCUGAAGCUUUCCAUCAUCGACAUGCUCUUCACUGUGGCCAGCAUCCUGCUCAUAGACUUCUUCCGAGGACUUUUCGUCCGGUACUUAAGUGACUACUGGUGUUGGGACCUGGAAAGCAAGUUUCCUGAAUACGGGGAAUUCAAAAUAGCGGAGAACGUGUUACAUUUAGUCUACAACCAAGGAAUGAUCUGGAUGGGGGCUUUCUUCUCCCCAUGCCUCCCCGCAUUCAACGUCCUCAAACUGAUCGGGCUCAUGUACCUGAGGAGCUGGGCUGUGCUGACCUGCAACGUGCCUCACCAGCAAGUGUUCCGAGCCUCCAGAUCCAACAACUUCUACCUAGCCAUGCUCCUGUUCAUGCUCUUCCUGUGCAUGCUGCCAACAAUUUUUGCUAUUGUUCGGUACAAGCCGUCUCUAAAUUGCGGGCCGUUCAGCGGACAGGAGAAAAUGUAUGAUAUCGUGUCAGAAACGAUCGAGAAGGACUUCCCCGCAUGGUUUGGCUCCAUGGUGGGCUACGUCAGCAGCCCAGUGGUUAUCCUGCCGGCUGUGCUCCUGCUUUUCAUGCUCAUCUAUUACCUUCAGAGCAUCGCAAGGUCCUUGAAGCUCAGCAACCAGCAGCUCCGAAUGCAGAUCCAAAAUGCCAGAUCUGAAGAUAAGAAGAAGGUUGCCCAAAUGGUAGAAGCCCGAAUCCAAACCCAAGAGGAAAGCAGCAUGAGGCUGCCAAAGGACAGUGACCUCAGCAGCCGGCUGUCCUCGGCUCACUCGGUGGCGCCCCAGAGCAAUGGCACUGUGGUCAAUUUGGACUCAUCCAGCAGCAAGAGAGGCAGGGGGGAGACCGCCGCCCAACGCACACCCCCGAGUCCCCAGCCAGGCCUCGGCAGCCCCAGCGCACCUCUUCCUGGCACCUCCAAAUGCAGGCCGGAGCAGCACAUUAACAGGUGUCUGCGUGGUCGGAGCGCGAGCGCAGGUGACCAGCACCAGGACAGGUCCUGCUCCCCCGGGAUGCGGACGAAGCACGCUGAAGUUGUGCGCUCAGAACCUCUUUUCCGAAGAGACUUUCAGCACAUCGACCCCCCUCUUCGUGGACCGGGGCUCUCGGCCGUGGUGCCGCGUGGUCCCAGGUCCUGCGCCCCCAGAUACUACAUCAUUAAUGAACGAGACUCUCGCCAAAAAAUCCGUCCCACUUUCUGGCCAGAGAGACAUUUCAGGAUGGAUGCCUUAGGGGACAUGGUGAUGUGCCCCAGGACCACGCGACAAGGUGUGUCCUGGGCCCCCCAGCAGGGGCAGUCUCCACAGCUGAGUGAAGAAGAGGAGGAUGCCCCGAGGAGAGAGUUGGUUCAAUGGUCUCUCCACCCCCAGUCCCUGAGAGGCCUCCAAGGGGCUCCUCAUUUUUAUGCUGGCGACAGGUCGGAAAGUCAGACCCUGGUUCCCGAGCACCAGGGAAGGAUGCACUUCAAGUCCUGGGAUGAUAGCUUUGAGGCUCCACUCGACAGGCCGGUGUAUGGGCACAAAAAGCCACGCUCCCGGAAUUUCCAGUCUGCACAGCACCCCCCAAAGCUCAGAGGCAAGCCCAAGGUGGAGCCCUCCCUCACCGAAUCUGAUUCCAUGUCGGCGGCAUCCAGCAGCGACCAGCAGAACGGCAGCAAUGACCAGUACCUCCAGGUCACCCCCAGCCAGGCCAAAUUCCGCAGGUCUGCUGGCCAGCUGGGCAGGAGGAAGGCCAUCUCCAGGCAGGAGCUGGUCGCGGAUCUGAACGACCUGAUUUGUUCCAACGUCUAGGGGCUUCUUCUGGUGUCGCAGUCACAGAAUCGGUCCC